UUUAAAAUGUCAUUUCACCCAGUACUUAGUUUAAUGAAAGAGAAAAAUAAAACGCGGAAGUAAUGAUAAAUUCUAAUAUACAGUUUCUUAGAAGUUAAACUUCUUUGAUCUGAAAUAACUUUUAUCUUUCGCAAAAGUCUCGGUACUUUUAUAUAGUCAUUAUUUUGUCGCGUAUUACUGAAAUGGAAAAGAAGACUAUUAAUCACCACGCGUCGAUAAAAAUCACGCGUUUUUGUAUGAGCGGAAUCGGUAUGUGGCACGUCGAGAAACCGCGAGACAAAAUUAUUUCAAACAUUGUACUGUGUUACACUAUCGCUACCACAAUAAUUGCACUCAUUGUCGAAGGGUUCGAUAUUUAUCACUGCUUAGGUGACUUGCAUGCCAUUUCUUACACAGCGCCUUGUACAAUUACAGUAAUUAUCGAAUUAUUUAAGCUGACUAAAUUUGUAACCAACAGAACUGAAGUUAUGGCUUUCAAUGAUUAUACAUUUCGUAAAUUUUGGAGUAUUCCUUACAUUGAUUCAGAACGUAAAAUAUUGGAUGACUGUAACAAAAAAAGUAUCAAGAUAAUAAUUAUUUACAUUAUCAUACUGCAACUUAUUCUUUGGCAAUAUAUAACAAUUCCUAUAAUAGAAUCCUAUGGAAAAACUACAUCCGAAAGAACUUUACCUUUCAAUUUAUGGUUUACAUUCAUUCCAUUUAAAGAAACGCCUUAUUAUGAAAUAUUUUAUACUUUACAAACAGCUGCAACAAUGAGUGUCUGUGCAUGUGCAACAACAUUUGCAACAUUUUUAUUCACCAUAAACCUGUAUGUCACUGGACAAUUCAAAAUUUUGCAACAACGAUUGGAAACAGCUUGUUGCACAACUUACAAUGAAAAAGUAGAUCCCAUUGAAAAAUCUUAUACUAAUCUUCGAAAAAGUGUUGAAUUACAUCACGUACUGCUUAAUUACAUCGCAAGAAUUGAAAAGCUUUACUGUCAAAUAAUGUUAGUACAAACACUUGGCAGUGUCCUGCAAAUUUGUUUUUCCGGGUUCCAAAUACUUUUAGGAGUUGAUAAUUCUAUUCUCCGGACAAUGCUGAGUGCAGUUUUUUUCAGCGGUUCAAUAAGUCAAUUACUUUUGUAUUCUUGGUCAUGCCAUGAAAUAAUUAUCGAAAGCUUAGAAGUCGCUGAAGCGGCUUAUCGGGCUUAUUGGUACAGUUUAUCUUGGUCAAGAUAUGGAAAAUCAUACAGACAAGCCUUGUUAAUUAUUAUUGCGAGAUCACGCAGACCAUGUAUUUUAACUGUCGGAAAAUUUGUUCCCAUGUCUCUUGAAACAUUUACUUCAGUUUUUAAUACGUCACUAUCGUAUUUUACGAUUUUAUUACAAAUGAAUGAAGAAAUAGAAAAUAAUUAAGCACCAAUGUACCCGAUGAUAAGGAAUUUAUUUUUUAUAUUAUAUGUCAAAGAAUAAUAUGAUGAUGAUGUAAAACCACUAAAAAAUCCAAUUGACUCUAAUAUUAGAAAUAUUACCACAGAAUUAAUAAAAACUAUUUAAGUAUCAAUUGUUAA